AGAAAAGGGUGUGGUUUUUUUUUAUCAAAACGCCACAUCACUCUCUCUAUAAAUACUGAAAGAAAACAACUUGGCUGCAGAAACAGCUAAAUUACAAGACCAGUCUCAGCAGUGCUGAUCCCUCUCUACACGCCUCAGAAUGUCUGACAAAGAAGAAUGUAAGAAGGACAAAUGUUCUUCAAAAUCAAAAUCCGGAUCUGACUCUGAUAGCUCUGAUGGUGAAAAAGGAAAGGGCCAUAAAAAACAUGGACAGAAGGGGAAAGGACAUUGUGGAAAAGGGGGAGAACAUGGGAAAGGAGAACAUGGGAAAGGAGAACAUGGAAAAAAGGGAGAACACGGAAAAGGAGGACACUGUGGAGGAAAGUGAGAAAAACAUUGACAGCGACAUGUUGGAUCUCUGAGAAAAACUAUACCUCUUUACAAUCUUAAUCUAUUAUCAUUGAACAGACACAAAAAAACAAUCCCAAUUGUUAGUUAAAAAAGAAUCCAAUUUUGUUAUUAUUUUGCCUAUGAUGAAAAUGUAAUUUUCGGAUACAGUUGCAAAUAUACUGGAAAUCGAAUUUGUAUUUUGUGUUUUCUCCAUUCUCUGCAAAAUAAAAAUAAGAUAAUAAAAAAUUA